CACCUUUUCGCUUCAGCUUGCGGCCUGGGCAUGUGGUCUCCAUACUAAACCCUCCGUGAUUUUUCAUAAUCUUAAUUUUGUCCCUUCGAAAGGAAGUCUGCGACCACGAUGGAUCAAACAAUGUCGAGCUCCUACCCGCCAAUCUCGGAGGCGCAUAUGAAAGCCCCCUCGAUUCAGUUUCCCGACGGCACUGUCCAGCAGUCUACAUUUUUACGGCCUAUACACCCCUCCCCCGCCGUUCGCAAUGGCCAUGUCAACUUGGACACAUUUUCCCCAGUCAACGAAAAUGGUAGCUUUGAGUUCGAUCGAGUCCUGAAAACCGGGAAGGUGCAUCGUCGAGUGAAACACAAGCAUGCAUUCCGAGCUUCUUGGAAGCCUGCCUACCUCGUCCUCCGCCCGAACCUCCUGUCGGUAUAUAAAGAUGAGGAAACGACAAGACUUCGGGCUUCCAUAACUCUUUCGGAAGUCACAGCGGUUGCUCCGGUCAAAUCCCCGCGAUCAUCUCGACAACACGUCUUCGGUAUAUUCUCGCCUUCCAAAAAUUACCGCUUCCAGGCUUUGUCAGAGAAGGAUGCAGAGGACUGGAUUAGGCGUAUUCGUGCUGAAACUCGUGCGGACGAGGAAGAAGAAGCCUUCUUGGCUCUGUCGCGGAAUAGAAAUGCGCCGGUGACCGAUAGGCAGCACGUUGAGGAUACUACAGAUCACUCGGAAUUCGAAUAUCCGGGAAGAGCCAGCUCGCCUGAAUUGGGACGGUCACUUUCACCUGGCCGCUAUUCCAAUCGAUACGGCUCCCUACAAGACCACUCGGGAAAUGAGAUUACUUCCUAUUCGGAGUGGUCUGAUGGACCUACAAGUAACACCAGUACUCACAUGAAGCCCAACCGUUCCCUGCAGAAUUUGUCUACCUCGGCCCCUGUGGGUGGACAACAACUGCAACCGCGAGAUGUUGGUCGCAGUCAGGACUUGGGAAUCCUCCGCGAUCCAGAGAGAGUUAUUUGCAACGGCUAUCUCCAGUGCCUUCGAAUCAAAGGCGCGGUCCGCCAGUGGAAGCGUCUGUGGGUCGUCUUGAGGCCAAAGAGCCUUGGGUUCUAUAAGGAUGAACAAGAGUACUCCGCUAUCAAAAUCUUGCCCAUGUCUCAGGUUAUCGAAGCUGCCGAAGUUGAUCCUCUUUCACGUUCAAAGAAGUUCUGUCUUCAGAUAAUCGCCGAAGACAAAUCGUACCGACUAUGCGCACCUGACGAAGAAUCUCUUGCCAAGUGGUUAGGCUCCUUGAAGAGUAUUAUUGUUGCGCGCAAGAAGUUGGAGCCCGCACCAGGAGCAUCAGCACCAUGAAUAUUAACUUUGAUGUGGAACAAACAAACACAUAUGCUGGCUACUGGCUCAAUUUCAAUUUUCGUUCUCUUCAUUCCGACCAUUUUCUUCACUCGUUGCAGAUCUCAAGUGACCUAAGGUCCUCUCCUUUGCACAGCGUUUCUUCCUUACUAUUAUAUUUGUUUCAUGACGUACAUACCCCUUCUUGUGAUGGCUGUUCGUUUAUUCCCCUUU